AUGUCGGCAAACAUGAAGCAGAAGGCCGUGAAGACUGCGAAGACCGCCACCACCUAUACGCUGAAGACGGCCAAAGGGAUGCGCGACUACGAGCCCCACCAGUUGGCGGUCAGGGAGCGGGUGUUCGGCAUAAUCAACGACUGCUUCAAAAGACACGGCGCCCUCCAGAUCGACACACCUGUCUGUGAGCUCAAGGAGACGCUGACCGGCAAAUAUGGCGAGGACUCCAAACUCAUCUACGAUUUGGCCGAUCAGGGCGGCGAACAGUUGGCGCUGAGGUAUGACUUAACGGUUCCCUUCGCGCGAUAUUUAGCCCAAAACAAGAUCACGACAAUGAAGAGGUACCAAAUCGCUAAAGUCUACCGCAGGGACAACCCCUCCAUCACCAAAGGCCGCUUCAGAGAGUUCUACCAAUGCGACUUCGACAUCGCCGGUGCAUACGAUCCGAUGCUUCCGGACGUGGAGUGUCUGAAAAUUAUCAAUCACAGGGAGAUAUUGGACGGUAUGUUCGAGAUAUGCGGAGUUCCCAACAAUAUGUUUAAGACAAUCUGUUCCGCUAUCGACAAACUCGACAAAAUGUCUUGGGAUGAAGUCAAGAAGGAAAUGACUGUCGAAAAGGGUUUACCGGAAGCGGUUGCCGACAGAAUCGGCGAAUUUGUUCAGUUGAACGGUUCCACAGAACUGAUAGACCGGAUGUUAGCCGAAGAACUGGGAACUAAUAACAAGUCUAAGCAGGGAUUGGAAGCGAUUAAACUUCUGUUCAAAUACUGCGAUAUCUUUAAACUGAUGGAUUGUGUCCGUUUCGACCUGAGUCUGGCCAGAGGUCUGGACUACUAUACGGGCGUUAUCUACGAGACAGUUCUCACUCAGGAGGAGGUGGAGUGCGGAAGUAUAGCGGCCGGGGGUCGGUAUGACGGUCUGGUCAGCCUGUUGGCGGACACACCUAAAUGGCAGGUGCCCUGCGUUGGCGUCAGUAUAGGUAUUGAGCGAAUACUGGCGAUAAUGGAGAAGCAGUUGGAGGACAAGAACUACUACCCGACCCAAGUGCUGAUUGCCAGCAUAGGGAAGGGUAUGACUGAGGAACGGAUGAAACUGUUGGUCGAGUUAUGGGAGUCAGACAUCAAGGCUGAGCACUCGUUCAAGAAUAACGCGAAACUCUUAACGCAGUUCCAGUACUGCGAGACGAAAGGCAUUCCGUAUGUGAUUAUCAUCGGCGAGGAUGAGGUGAACAAAGGAGUGGUGAAGUUGAGGAAUAUCGUGACCCGCGAUGAGGUAAAGGACCCGUUUGUCUGA